CAUCCAUGAGGUACUCAUCUUUAGCCUCCAGACCAUCUACGCAGUACCAUGUCCAUCCUCAGAUCCAUCGGGCUGUGUUGCCUGCUAUUGUCACUCGGCCCUCACGUGCAAGCGCAGCAGCAACAGCAGCAAGUGCUUUUGCCUCCACAUAUGCCCGUUGUAGCUGAUUCGAACAAACUCGUAGGAGAGAAAGAAUUUACUCUACGACAUGUAUAUCAUCAUGGCACCUUCGACCAUCCCCGACUACACCGAUAUAUCGAUAUCCCGCAGGACCAAACUCUCUAUGUCAAGGAUCAGUUGGGCUGUAGGGCCAAAGCUCCAGCGAGAUUGCCUGCCCGCGUGGCUCCGAUGAGGAUACAGCGCAUGGUAGAGCGCAGUCCAGCUGCGACGGAGAGCUUGUUCAGCUAUGCGCGGAGCCAUGGUGGACCGAAGACGCUCAUGGCGGACGAGUGGACGGUAGAUGAGAUCGCUGCUCCCAACACGACAGACAAGAGCACAGUCAUCACAUUCGCCACGAUCGCUGCGAAUGCCUAUGUCACAGAACCGUGGGGCGAUGGCUGGAAAGAUGUCAAAGGUGGAUUCAACUACACAGACGAUUUUGGGUGGCAAUUGGAUGGUCUCCGGGGACACAUUUUCGCGGACCAGACCAAUUCGACCGUCGUGAUCGGGCUCAAGGGCACUUCCAUGGCGAUAUUCGAUGGGAAAGAAACGACGGGGCACGACAAGUUGAAUGACAAUCUCUUUGGCUCGUGUUGUUGCGCACAAGGCAUUCAUUACGCAUGGAAGCCAGCGUGUGAUUGUAUGACCUCCCAAUACACCUGCAACAAUACAUGUCUCGUGCGCUCGCUGCAGGACAAAGCUCAUUACUACUGGGCUGCACGCGAUCUGUAUCACAACGUCACGGAGAGGUAUCCCCACGCGGACAUUUGGCUUGCCGGUCACAGUCUCGGAGGUGUUGUUUCUGCGUUACUGGGCCUCACAUAUGGACUGCCGACCAUGACCUUCGAGACAUAUCCUGACGCAUUGGCCGCAUCACGACUGGGACUGCCGACUCCACCCCAGUAUCACAUCGGCUCGGGUUCCCAGCUGGAUAUUGGUGUACAUCACUACGGUCACACCGCAGAUCCGAUCUUUGCCGGUACUUGCAAUGCGUGGAACUCGGGCUGCACAAUCGCCGGAUAUGCAUUCGAAGGCCAGUGUCAUACUGGAACCAAGCACGUGUACAACACCGUCACCGAACUCGGGUGGCAUGUCUCUGUUGCGAACCAUCGCAUGAACGUCGUAAUUCCCGACGUUCUCGAGAAAUAUGAUGAAGUCCCUUCUGCAGAAGAAGACGCGGAUUGUCAAGAUUGCUACUUAUGGAAGUUCUUCCAGAGCAACGGGACAGAGACCACCACCACGACUACAUUGACGAGUAUGUCCAGUAGUAGUACAACGGCUACUUGCAAGACACCUGGCUGGUGGGGUUGCAAAGACACCACCACAACAACAACCAGCAGUCCAUCCUUAACAAAACCCACCACAACCAUGUCCCCAACCCCAACCACAACCACAACAACAACAUCCCCUCCAACUCCAACAACAACCUGUCACACCCCCGGCUGGUUCGGCUGUAAAGAUGUCCUCCCAUCAAAAACAAAAAUUCCUUCUUCUUCUUCUUCUAUCAGCACAUCGUCCCUGCUGCUUCCCACAGCUACAACAACCACCACGACGAAGCCAGUUUCUACGCCAUCCACUACGACUACAAUAACCUGCCACACACCUGGCUGGUGGGGUUGUAGAGAUUCUACUUCUACUACUAAAAGUACUACGUCGACGACGUCGACAACGAGUACAGUAUGAUCGUCGAUAUUAUGAAGAGCACGUCUUACAUCAUAGGUAGCAUUCUUAUUCGUAUACAGCUACUACAGCUACUAGUAUAGCUACAGCCACAGCGACGAGAUGAAGUAACUAUCGAGCUGAAUGCAUACAUGAGCUUCUGACGGAGGUAGAGCAAGGUAGAAUAAGUAGGUAGGUUGGGCUUAAGGGGGGGAGAUACCCUUAUGCAAUAACCAGUUAGCAGUAGUAGUAGAAGCCAACACAUCAGUCAUGUUAGCAAAAUAACUCUUUGAAUU